AUGCAGAUCAAGAAGCUGCUUCCUUUGGCCUUGGCCACUGCUGCUUCGGCACAGGAGACGAUGAAUCUCACAGCUGCCUUGGCCUCGUCGCCUGAGCUAUCGCAGUUGGGAAUAACCCUCGGUCUCGUCCCUGAGCUUGUCGCUGCUCUGGCGGAGCUUUCCAACAUCACUCUUCUUGCUCCCAGCAACGCCGCUUUCGAAGAGUUCACGAAUAGCUCAAAUGCUGCCGCUCUAAGCGACCCGGGUCUCAUCCAGGCCGUCCUCCAAUACCACGUUCUUAACGGCACCUACUAUGCCCAAAAUGUUACCGAGACUACAUCUUUCAUCCCAACUACGUUGAUGAAUACCUCCUAUACCAAUGUCACUGGUGGUCAGGUCGUUAAGGCAGUCUUGACGGGUGACAAUGUCGUGUUCUCCUCUGGCUUGCUUACGAAUUCGACCGUCACCCAAGCUGAUGUUACUUUUGAUAGCGGCGUUAUUCAUAUCAUUGACCGCCUUCUAACCGUACCGGCUAACGUAUCUACAACUGCCGUUGCCGCAAACCUGACCUCCCUUGUUGGUGCUGUCACGACCGCCGAGUUGGCUGAAGCUGUCGACACCACCCCUAAUGUUACCAUCUUCGCACCAACCAAUGAGGCCUUCCAAUCCAUCGGCUCCGCACUCGGAAGCAUUUCGACCGAAGAUCUUGCCAGCAUCCUCACCUACCACGUUGUUAGCGGCACCGUUGGGUACAGUUCUAUUCUAAGCAACACGACACUUACCACGCUCAACGAUGCAGAUGUCACCAUCUCUAUUGUCGAUGGGGCAGUCUUCGUCAACUCCGCCAGAGUCGUCAUGGCUGAUGUCCUCGUUGCUAACGGCGUUGUUCAUGUUAUUGACAACGUCCUCAACCCGGCCAACGCAACUGCCACACCAGACGCAACAAUGUCAACUCAGAUGCCUGCCUUCUCCGGCGCGUCUUCCGCCAGUGAGGUUCCAUACACCAGCAAUGUUCCAACGCCAACGGGCCCUGCCGCAACUGGUGGUGCAGCAGGUGGAAGUGAAACCAGCAGCUCCGCAAGCGGUGCCGCUAUGCCGAUGAGGACUGGUGCCGUUGGUGCUGCCGCUCUGUUCGGUGGUGCCGCACUUGUGUACAACAUGUAA